AUUUUAUUCGGAAAAGAUUUUGGAGUUUUUAUCAGUAAGCAUCCGCUUUGAAAAUUAAUUUCCCGUUUUGUGUUAAACACCUAUGCGAUGGCUAUUUAUUGUCAUAAUGAGCAAAUUGAUUACUCCGCAAUGUCAUUCGAACCAUUAUCCUCAUUAACCUUAGCUGACAGAUCUGUUGAUAAAAAUUAUUUUCUCAAUGACAAAGAAACUUUGUAUCAAAAUGAUGAAAAAUCAUAUCUAUACGAUACUCAUGAUUUAUUUCAAGACCUUUCUCAAAUGCAAGAACAUUGGAUGCGAGCUGCCCAUACUACUAAGGAAGACCAAUUUGUCCCUGAAUAUUCUUUAGCAAGAAAAGAACAUGCUAAAGUGCUAGCAGGAUAUGGACCAGUACAAAUAAAAGUUGAAGAUGAAAGUUACAAAAAUAGUUACGAAACACCAUGUUGCAUGUUAAAUGACUCCUCCAAUCAGAUUUCUAAUAUGAAUAUACUACAGGUACCAUCAAGUUUACAACCUCCGAUAACCGCUCACGAGCUGUCAUUAUUGGGAAUGAGAAAUAAUAAUAACCUGCAAGCACCACCUUCUGCUCCUGCUCCAUCACCUUCUGGCAACAUGCGAUAUGAAUUUAGUCCAAGAUCUCCAGUAUACCCAAGAUAUGCAAGCCCACUGCGAAGUUUAAAAAAUGUGCCACCACUUGACCAUGGCAACGAGUUAUUACGUCCACUUACUCACCCCAAUCUUUCGAAUCAAGUUCUAAAUCAUACUAAGAAAUCAGAUUUCAAAUCUUCUGAUGAUGUAACAAACUGUACACCGUAUGAUUUAUCUCACAAAAGUAGUGAUAUUGCUCAACCUAAUUCUAUGCAGUUAAACUUUGAGUUACUUGGCUCGCUCGAAAGCUCGUUAGAUUAUAUAAAAAAAGAAGCACAAGAAAACCGGGACAUACCUGUUAAAGAAUCUGAUUCUGAAUUGACAAGCGGAACAGAAUACUUACGACAUCGGACAUUAAACAAAAAACAGAAACACAAUCGUCUCGAAAGAGAAAACCCUUUUAGCCGUUAUGAGGGAAACUCACGACGUCCUUAUCAAAGACGCGGUACACUGCAACUUUGGCAAUUUCUUGUUGCUUUACUCUCAGAGGAUGACUGUCAACAGUUUAUAUGCUGGAAUGGUAGGGGAUUGGAAUUCAAAUUAAACGACCCUGAAGAAGUUGCCCGCCGUUGGGGAAUGCAAAAGAAUCGACCAGCUAUGAACUACGAUAAGUUAAGCCGUUCACUUCGAUACUAUUACGAAAAAGGGAUCAUGCAAAAGGUAUCAGGCGAAAGAUAUGUGUACCGAUUUGUAUGCAGUCCCGACGCUUUGUUUAACUUGGCAUUUCCAGACGGUAUUCGCCCAUUAUUAAAACCACAAUGCAGCCAGCCAGAUAAACUUCAAAAUCACCGUUUUAUACACAAUGAGACUGAGUUUCCUUUACCAUAUGUUGAACCGUCGCAUACGAGGGUUCCUUGUAAUCUUGAUUACUGGAACAAAAACAACGACGUUUUAAACUUUUAAAUCAUUUUUUAACGUGAGAAUUGCAACAAUGUUAGACUGUGUUCGCAAUUUAAUGUAAAGUAGAAAUCGCUUACUUGCAAAUAAACAAAUCGUCGCCACACAGACACGUCGCAAUAACGCUAUAAAAAGAGUUUAGCAUUGUCUAGACAAUUGUAAAUAGUUACCUUUUUAUGUUUUACAACUUGAAAAUCUGCUUAUUACUAAAUAAACACGUAUUUAAGAAAAAAAGAGAAGUUAACGAAAUAAUUUUGUUGUCUUGGAGGUUUCCAUUUACACAAUACAUUAGUCGGAAUAAAAGCGCUUGAAGAUUAAGCGCUAAAUCUCCAACAUAACAUAUUUUGUUUAUUGUCUUUUGUUUGCAUUUUUAACUAAUUUUAUUUGAACUAUUGUCGGAAAUAUUCCGACAAAAUAUUUUAUAAAUGCUUGAUUUUCGAUAAACCUUAUAAAUAUUCGUUACAAUUUUUGUUUGAUUGUUUCUUUGGGAUCUGUUUAAAGACUUUGUUCAACUUGUUUUUUUUAACUUACAAUGAAUAUUUUAUCUAGUACAACUUUUUACGGAGAAAAAAAAAUA